AUGGUGCGGGUCCGAGCCGUGGUGAUGGCCCGAGAUGACUCCAGUGGGGGCUGGCUGCCUGUGGGGGGCGGGGGCCUCAGCCAGGUGAGCGUAUGCCGGGUCCGAGGGGCCAGGCCCGAGGGGGGGGCCCGCCAGGGGCACUACGUCAUCCACGGGGAGCGGCUUCGGGACCAGAAAACCACCUUGGAGUGUACCCUGAGGCCAGGUUUGGUUUACAACAAAGUGAAUCCUAUCUUCCACCAUUGGAGCUUGGGGGACUGCAAGUUUGGGCUGACGUUUCAGAGUCCUGCAGAAGCAGAUGAGUUCCAGAAGAGCCUGCUGGCUGCACUGGCUGCUCUGAGUCGAGGCUCGCUGACUCCCUCCUCUUCCUCUUCCUCCUCCUCCCCUUCCCAGGACACUGCAGAGACUCCCUGCCCUCUGACGUCCCACGUGGACAGCGACUCCUCCUCCAGUCACAGCCGCCAGGAGACUCCUCCCACAGCUGUCGCUCCCAUUGCCACAGUGGAGUCAGCAACUGCCUUCCCACCGGCCACGCCCCCACAAAGACGCCGCUCCUCGGCUCAGAGCUACCCUCCGCUUCUACCGUUCACUGGGAUUCCAGAACCUUCAGAGUCUCUAGCUGGGGCAGGGAGCCAGGGCUGGGGCAGCCGCGGCUAUGAGGACUACCGGCGAUCUGGACCACCGCCUCCACCUCUUGCCCUGUCUACCUGCGUUGUGCGCUUUGCCAAGACUGGUGGAUUGAGGGGUGCAGCCCUGGGUCCUCCAGUGUCACUCCCUGCCCCACUCACAGAGGCUGCACCCCCAGCACCCCCUGCUCGUCCACCCCCGGGCCCAGGCCCCACCCCUGCUCUAGCCAAAGCCUCCCCAGAGGCUGAGGAGGCUGCGCGCUGUGUACACUGCAGAGCCCUCUUCCGCCGCCGGGCAGAUGGGCGUGGUGGUCGCUGUGCAGAGGCCCCUGACCCAGGUCGCCUGUUAGUGCGCAGGCUCAGCUGCCUGUGGUGCGCCGAGAGCUUGCUGUACCACUGCCUGUCGGACGCCGAGGGUGACUUCUCGGACCCGUGUGCUUGUGAGCCAGGCCACCCGCGCCCUGCUGCGCGCUGGGCUGCUCUGGCUGCUCUGUCCCUGGCAGUGCCCUGCCUCUGUUGCUAUGCGCCCCUGCGCGCCUGUCACUGGGUUGCUGCACGUUGUGGCUGUGCGGGCUGUGGGGGUCGCCACGAGGAGGCUGCACGGUGA